UGCUGCUCGUAGUCUCGCCCGGUAUAAAAACAUCGAGAAGGGGUUCGCUCACGGCCGGCACCGUCCGAGUAGGAAUGGUUUAUAACGAAGAAUUUGAAUUCGAGAGUGAACUAAGCCUUGCUUUAAGUAAAGCAUGGGGAAUAUACUGCGAAGAGGUGUUCAAAAUUAUAAUGUUGAGAACCGAGCGCAUCGGGUAUUGGAUCGAAAACCAAAAGCUGCCCCAAAACACCCUGGGAGCCUUGACACACAGAAAGAUUCCAAGUUACCUCCAAUAGAAACUCUUCAAAAGAAAGAUGUAAAUUUGUUGAACAUGCUGCAGGGAAUAAACGUUGAUUCAUCUGGCUAUGACCCAGAGUUUGAAAAGUCAAAGGAGGUUGGUUCAAGGCUGAUGCCAACUGAUCGACAGCAAAAACCCGAGCAGACCGAGCUGUGGGAAAACAUUGAAAACGUACCCAAAGGACGGUUAACGGUACAGCAGGCACUGGAGUUACUUGCAAAGCACCAGAGAAACAGAAACGAGUGGCCGGUCGAAAGAUUAGCUCAGGAAUACUCACUGAAUCCGAUUGACACUCAGAACAUUGUUGAGUAUUUUCAGUCUUUUAAGGUGAUAUCAAUGGAGUCCAAAGAUAAAAAAUCACUACCAGGCAAUGAAAAGAAACGAUUGACCACUUGACUUUUAUAUGACUGCUUAAUAUUGGAUGAAGUUACAUGGUCUAGCUCCAAUCAGCAUUGAGGAAAUACUGUACUGCUUUUCCACUUGUCAAAUCCAAGAGAAAUAGGACAGUGUUUUACAGUAGCGACCAUACCAGUUUAUAAUGUGUGAUUAAUAAAACCAUAUUAUUAUUUUGAGUGAAUUCUAUAAAAUAUAAUAAAUUUAUUGAACUCAGUGAGUGCCAAACCCACAAA